AUGCCACCAGAGGAACUGAAAACCUUGCUCUUAGAAGCCAAGAAGAAAAGAAGAAACUGCAAAGCUGCUAUUACCAGACUAGGGAAAGUACUAGAUAGACUGAUUAAUGAAAAAAGGGGAAUAGAAGAAAUCCAAGAAAUAGUUUUGAAAAUAGACACUGCAUUUGAUAAUCUGGUGGAAACACAUACUGCAUAUACUCAAAUGAUAGAUGACGAGGAUGAAUUUGAAACUGCAGAAAUUUGGUUGGAUGAUGUGCAAAACCAGGUCACAACAUUAAAAAUGUAUUCCAAAGAUUAUGUUAAACACUUAGAUGAUGAGUUCCAAGCAAAAACCCAGAAUGUUGAAAUUCCCCAGAGCCCUGAUCAAAUAAACCUGUCACCCUCUUCAUCCCCUAAUGACAAUUCAUUACCUACUGAUAUCCAGAUUAAUUCUGAUGUAAAUAAUAUUGUUGAUCCUGACAACCACAGUAUAGACGAUAAUCCGAGUAAAUCUGCUGUCAAUCCGAGUACUUCUGCUGAUGAUAAUCCGAAUCCAAGUACUUCUGCUGUUGUUAAUCCGAGAGAUUCUGCUGCUGCUAAUCUGAGAAAUUCUAUUGCUGUUAAUCCGAGAAAUUCUACUGCUGUUAAACCGAGAAAUUCUACUGCUGUUAAUCCGAGAAAUUCUACUGCUGUCAAUCCGAAUAAUUUUGAUGCUGAUAUUCUGAGUACCGAGAAUAUGAAUGGUCUUACUGCUUCAACUAGCCUGAAUAGUAAUUCUGUCAGUGGAAACCCUACACAAUCUACCGAUGUUUGUCAAUUUAAAAUGGAGAAACCGAAGAUGCCAAAGUUUAGUGGAGAUGUUCGUGAAUAUUAUACUUUUAAGUCAGACUUUUUGCAUAUGGUUUCAUCGAGAUAUAAAUUGGCCAAUUACCAGGGGCUUAGACCGGACGGCUUCAUGCACUCUCACGAUCCAUUAAUGAAUAGGGCAAAUAAUUCAAACUGUGUAGAGAAGGUGUGGUACUUCAACGGAAAUGUGUACGCCAAAGCCCCUGGAAAGCGUAAAGUUAAAAUUGAACUAUUCGACAAUCUUGAUGAAAAGGUCAACUCGGCACCAAGGGAACCACAAAUUCUGUGUCCAGGCAAAACUGAUAUACAUGUAUAUUAA